AUGGUCAGUUCUGAUCGGAAUUCGGAAAGAUCUGAUUUUAUAACGGCAAAGCGCCCAGCUGUUUUGUCGAGUGAGCAUUCCAAUGAAACUGCUGCCAAAAGACAAAUUUCUCAUCAAAGCCUGUCAUGUGUCGGUGAUUCAGACGAAAGGAGCGGUAUAAAUUUUAAAUUGAAAAGGCAAGUAACGCGAGCGAAAUUGGUCCAUCGAAAAACAUUGGCUCUUUAUGAUAAGCACUUAAAUAGUUUUUAUGGAUGUAUGGAAUCACGCCUAUUUGACCGAGCUCUCAUUAUAAAUCUUGUUAAAAGAAAUGAGAUGAACGGUUUGCCGUACCAAAAUAUUAAGUGCGAUUAUGUACCCCGUGUUGCAUAUAUUUAUCCAGAAAGAAAUGAUGAACAUUUGGAUGGAGGCUACAGCUCACAGACCGACUGUCCAGAUUUAUUUAUCCCAGAUUUCACGCGAGCUAGGACUUUCAUCGAAAGUGAUCGCUGGCCCGGCGACGAAGAAUUUACAUUGACUCUUACGGAUGAAUCGGGCAAAAGGUUGGCUUUUGCUCAAAACAUGCUGCGAGAUAUUUAA